AUGGCUGCCAGCGUCAAGACCGCUGCCGCCGUCUGCGACCCCACCGCCGCGGUAAAGCCAGGCCUGAAGCGGAAGCGCAUCGCCGUGGGGAGCAUGGACCAGUACGAGUUCGAGGACACUUGCUGCCUCGGCGUGGGUGGCUUCGGCGCCGUCUUCAAGGCGCGCCACCGUGCCACGGGCCAGACCGUCGCCAUGAAGCGCUACAGCCCGGCCGACCAUACAGCGUUCCGCGAGGCGCGCUUCCUUGAGGAGGCAAACUGCGGCGGCGCCAACCCGUUCGUCGUCGGCUACCACGGCGUCGUCCGCGACCCCGUCACCGGGGAGAUGAUCCUCGUCAUGGAGUGCAUGGCGGCCAGCCUCCACGAUCUCCUCUGCCAGCGGCCCGCGGGAGCCCGCCGCUGCCCGAGGCCACCGUGCGCGCCGCAAUGUGGCAGCUACUCAGGCACCAAGAAGAUGCACGACGCCCACAUUAUCCAUCGCGACAUCAAGCCCCAGAACGUCCUUAUCGGCGAGAGUCAUAGCGUCGUCAAAAUCUGUGACUUCGGGCUCGCCAUGUCCAUCGACGAGCGCCUCCCGUACGCGCCGGCCGGCACACUGUGGUACCAGGCGCCUGAGAUGCUUCUGGGGAAGCCCGACUACGACGAGAAGGUCGACUCCUGGUCCCUUGGCUGCGUCAUGGCGGAGCUCAUCAACAAAGGCAGGCCACUGUUCCAGGGAUUCCACGACGACGGACAACUCUGCGCGAUCUUCGAUUUGCUCGGCGUGCCUGACGACAGCACGUGGCCGUGGUUCUCGUCCACGCCAUUCGCCAGGGAGGUGAUGCCGGAGCUGGAUAUGCAAUUGCAACGGUGCAACCGCCUGCGCAAUCGGUUCCCCGAGACGAAGCUAUCCACGGAAGAAUGAGGAUUCGAGGUGCUCAGUGGCCUGCUCACAUGCAAUCCCGAGAAGAGGCUGACGGCAGCCGCCGCGCUCAAGCACCCAUGGUUCGCCAAGGUCGAUGAUCUGGAGCUACCAAAGAAAGAGAAUCCUGCGUCGGCGUUGCCCAAGCGACAGAAAUUGCGUGUUGUAUUCGUAUGA